AUGGAAAAUUUGCGAAAUAAAAACGUCGUCGAUCUAAGACAAAUGUGUAGAGAUGCAGGACUCGCCUGUAGUGGUAACAAAAAUACGCUCAUAAAUCGUCUAGAGAGGUAUAAACAUAACGAGGAGCAUUACGAAAGUGCUAGUUCGGUAUUGUUAGAACGAGUUGCUGAGUUAGAAAAGACAAUUCGCGAAAUAGAACUGCGGCAAAAUGUUGCUGCAACAUCUUCAGACUUUGUACCACCACGUAUUUCGUCACCAUUGGAUACAAAUACAUAUGUGAGAUCCUCGAACGUACACACCGUGCAAUCAGUAGUACCACCAUUGCAGGUACCAACCACGCAAAUGCAAUUCUCUGUACCUCUGUUGCAGGUACCGACCUCACAAACGCAAAUACCGGUAUCCUCGCUGCAGAUACCGGCCACGCAAACGUAUGAGCAAGUAGCUUAUUCAGUGCCUGAGUACACCCCUAGGUACACGCAUGUUCCUGUUUAUCCAACUUGUCCCGUAAUAUCUGAUUCACCGUAUGCGCCAAUCCACCACCAGCAAAAUUGGCAACCGCGUUCAACGUUUAAUGUGCGCGAAAUAAUUGAUCUAUUGCCGUCGUUUAAUCCAAUUUCAAAGACGUCAUUAAAUGCUACACAGUUUAUUCAACGCGUCGAAAUGCUACGUAAUGCAUAUAGUAUCGAUGACAAUUUUCUACUUUUUGCUGUGCAACAGAAAAUGCAAGGACCAGCCAAGCAGUGGGUUGAUUCCUUGCCUGUUGUAUACACGACCUGGUCCGCGUUUUCAAACCGAUUUAUUGAAGAUUUUCCAACGUUACACAGUGUCGCCGAUGCCCAUAUUAAAAUGUCGCAAAUGAGAAGAGGGGAAAACGAAUCUCCUCAAGAAUUUUAUUAUCGCAUGGUAGCUUACGGCAAUAAAUGUGGUAUUUUUGAAAACGAUAUUGUUGCUCACAUUAUCAACGGUAUUAAUGAUAGUGCUUUGAAAAGAAAAAUUUCGAACAGUUAUACACGAUGUAUUGAUUUGUUGCGUGAUAUAAAUAACUAUUCAAUUUAUAAUGACGGUAAAAUAAACACGCAUUCUAAACAAAAGCCAAUACAAUCCAUAAAUCCUACGUUCGGUACGCGUAACACAAUUCCUAAAUCGAAUGAAAAUAUAAAGUGUUACAACUGUUCAAAAACGGGGCAUUAUUCCAUUAAGUGCCCGGAGCCACAGAAAAAAAUUCGUUGUGGAAAAUGUCAACGCACUAACCAUACAACCGAAAUGUGUCCCGAAAAAUCAAACGCUGUAAGGGCAAUCGAGCCAGUGAAAAACGAAAUCUCGGACGGUAUUUUAAAGCAAAUUAAAGUUAAUGGUGUAAGUACAAAUGCUUUCGUAGAUCCGGGAAGCAGUCGUACUCUCGUCAAAGAAAGUUUUGCGAUAAAACUCGGUAGUAUCAGUACAUGCUCUAUCACACUGAACGGAUUCGGUGGAGGUAAAUACGUAUGCGAUGCAAAAAUAAACGCAAUCGUCGAAAUCGACAAUGAGAAGUUUGAAAGUGACAUUUUAAUCGUGGAAGACAAUUUAUUAAACGAAAAUAUCUUGCUUGGAACUGACUGUUUAUGUAGAAACGGUAGUCGACUAGUGAUUGAGAACGGUGGUUGUCGUGUCGAAAAUGCCUUAAGCAAACGUGCCGACACAACAAUCGAUAAAAAUUAUUUAAUUAAACUCGAGCAAAUAUUUUCUUCGUACCGUGAUGUGUUCUCAGAGAAAGUUUCUGAUCUUGGUCGUUGUAAACUAAAGAAAAUGGAAAUUGAACUGAACUCGCAAACACCCGUAAAUAUGAAGCCAUAUCGUAUUCCUUUUUCAAAAAGACCAAUCGUCGCCGAUAUCAUCAAAGAAAUACUCGAAAACGAAAUUAUACGACCAUCCGAAUCUCCGUACGCGUCACCAAUCGUCCUGGUUGAAAAACAAAACGGUGAGCAUCGUCUUUGCAUAGACUAUAGGUGCCUAAACAAAAUUACAACCAAAAUGUCAUACCCAAUGCCAGUUAUGGAGGAACACUUCGCACAGCUCGCAGGUAAUAAAUAUUUUACAACGCUAGAUUUAAGAAUGGGGUACUAUCAAAUUGAGCUCGAGGAGAAAUCGAAACAAUUCACGGCAUUUGUCACCAAUGAAGGGCACUACGAGUUUAACAGAAUGCCUUUUGGGUUGGUCAAUGCUCCGGCCGUGUUUCAAACUGUUAUGAACACGUUGGUGGCUAAAAUGAAAACAGGUGAGGUUUUGGCGUAUCUAGAUGACGUCAUUAUACCCAGUCGUACGAUUGAAGAAGGUUUACAGCGUAUUGAAAAGUUCUUGACUCUCCUUAGAGAAAGCGGUUUGACUUUGCGAAUCGACAAAUGCAAAUUUUUAGAAAGUAAAAUCGAAUACCUUGGUCACGUGAUAACCGAGAAUAGUAUAAUGCCUGGGAACCGUAAGCUAUCAGCCAUCUCUAAUUUCCCAGCGCCGACGAAUAUCACAGAGUUAAGACGUUUCCUAGGACUCACGGGAUUCUUUAGGAAAUUUGUCCCCGAAUUUUCAUUAAUCACUAAACCGUUAACAACAAUGUUACGAAAAUCCGAACGCAACUCAUUUCACUGGAAUGAGCCACAGCAACAAGCAUUUCAACGUGUUAUCGAUCUUUUGACAUCCGCUCCGGUGUUGGCCCUUUACGACCAAAAUGCGCAGCAUGAGGUACAUACAGACGCAAGCAGUAUCGGCCUCGCAGGAGUCUUAAUGCAGUCGUAUGAUGGUAAAGUGUGGCAGCCAACUAUGUACUACAGCCGUCAUUGCACAGAGCCCGAAAGCCGAUAUCAUUCAUAUGAGUUAGAAGCUCUCGCCGUUGUCGAAGUGCUAGACCGUUUCCGCAUAUACCUUCUUGGUAAGAAAUUUCGACUUGUGACCGAUUGUGCAGCCGUAGCCAAAGUUCGAGAUAACAAAGAGCUCAAAGCAAAAAUCGCUCGAUGGUGGCUGAAAUUAUCCGAAUUCGACUUUGAAGCAGUACAUCGUUCCGGUAGCAGGCUACCACACGUAGAUGCCAUGAGUAGAGCACCUGACCAGCCUGCUGAAAACGUGGAACCGGUAGGUUCUAUCCUCGAGAUACAAGCCGACGUCAACGAUUGGCUUUACACUAUGCAAAUUCAAGACGAAAAGUUACGAGAAGUAGUCGCCAUUCUACGAGGUCAUGUUAAAUCUGAUCGAGAAACAGAACUCAAGAAAUAUUUUCGAAUCCAAAACACCGCCUUUAUCGUCUAG